AUGGCCUCCUCAAACAUCUCCAACGACCUGAUCUGGCAGAUCACCCGCAACCAGAACUCCUACCUGGUUAACCGCAACUCCGCCGGCGGCUUCCAGUUCUCCCGCGACCCCCUCAACCUGGUCAACAAGCACUCCUUCAAGGCCAUCGGUGUCCAGGCCACUGAGAACGGCGUCGCUGUGACCACCAAGAAGCCCAGCAACCCCAACCAGCCCGGCCAGAACUUGGUUACCGUCACCUACGGUCCCAAGACCUCCACCCGCAAGAUCUACAAGGGUGUUGCCGACCGCACCGCCAAGAACGGCUACCGUGCUGAUAUCCGCGAGGAGGCCGUUGCCCGUGUCAGCGCCGUCCGCCGCUCCCAGCUCCCCAAGAAGGAUACCCCUGCCAAGAAGGCCCGCGGUUCCAAGGCCCGCAAGGCCGAGGAGUCCGAGUAA